GGUGGAAAACCUGCUGAUGUCGUGUUUUUAUUGGAUGCAUCCAAUUCAAUUUGGGGACCGGAUUUUAAAAAGCAGUUGGAAUUUGUCCAAAACAUUGUGUCGAUGUUCCGUAUUGGUGAACAAUGGACUCGUGUUGGUCUUGCUACCUUCAACAGCAAGGUUCAAGUACAGUUUCAGCUGAAUUCAUACUUGAACAAAACAGCUUUACUUGAAGCUAUUGGAAAUGUUGAGGAAACGUAUGGUGAUGCUACGGAUACGGCUAGUGCUGUAAGGUAUAUGAGAAAGUACAUGUUUAGUAAGCGGCACGGUAGUCGGAAGAAAGUUCCCCGAGUUGGUGUGGUCAUCACUGAUGGACAAUCUUCAAAUAUCUUACGAACUGUGAUGGAAUCAUCCAGAGCUAAACGCCAGCACAUCCACAUGUUCGCUGUUGGUGUUGGUAGUAUGGUUAACAAACGUGAAUUACGUGGUAUUGCUAGUCACCCUCCCAUGGAGUACAUGUUCCAGGUGUUAGGAUAUGGUGCUCUAGGCUCCGUCAGGAAUAUAUUAGCAGUUAGAACAUGUACAGGUAGGACCAAUACUGUUAACUUACUUCCUACCAUUCCCGAAGGCCUCACCAGACUAAAUUUCUAUCCCUUUCUUGCUACGUAA